UGGUGCGGAAGCGGCUCUGAUGAGCCAAUCGGCUGCUGAGCCUCAGUCAAAGCAGCCAAUGAGCGAUGCGGAGACGGUUCAAAAGCUGGCGGCGGUUGGGCCGUGGGGCACUGCGGCUCGGUUCUCUGUGGUGGCCUGGCUGCGGCGCGGCCCGAAACGAGCCUCGCCCGGUGCUGUCGUCCUGCUGGAGCUGUCCCGGCCCCUGCGGUGAGCCCGCGGCCCGGCGGGCCGUUGCCCUCGCCUGGUUAGAGCCGCGGUCUCCCCUGCGUGCGGGAGCGGGCGGCUUCCGGAGCUGGGAGCAGGAGGUGGCCUGAACGCGGGAGGUGCUGAGGGCUGUGACUUGGUCUCAUCAACCUGAAGAUGGCAACACUAAUCUUUAUUGAUAAGGAGAAUGGUGAAGUUGGUGCUGCUAAGAAUCAGCUGAGACUGCCUUCAGGAUCUUCAAAAGUCUUAUCUGAAAGAACACAAGUUAGCACUCCACUUCCCAAAAAAACAAUCAGUACCUCUCCAGCCACAUCUCACUCUGUCAGAAAGGCUCUUGGAAAUCUGAAUAGAACUGAAGGAGUCAUGAGCAAGACUGAAAAGAUAAGACAGAAAAAUCAGCCUUGUGCUGCAAACAAAAUUACUGAAAAGUCUGCUGGAUUAGAAAGCUGUGAUGCAGUGACUGAAGAAGACUGGCCGGAAAUAGAAAAUAUGUUUCCUUAUGAUCCUCGAGACUUUGAGAGUUUUGAUCUUCCUGAAGAGCACAAAGUAAGCAAUAUCAACCUGUGUGGUGUUCCCCUCAUGAUAUUUGAAAGGACAUAUGACAGAUGUGUGAACAUGGUUCCUUCACCUGUGAAGAUUGAAGAGUUUUCAUGGGAGUCUAACUUGCUACAAUCAACUACUGACUUUCUUGCUACCCUGGAUGAGAUCAUUGACAUGCCAUCUCCAAAUUAUGACCUUUAAUGCAUAUUCUGAAGCUUCUAUUGAGUUCAAGUCUCAUGUAGUUCUGUAUUUUAAUAAAGGCUAUUCUAACCUGUA